AAAAAAGAUGGAGAGAAAAUAUAUAUACUAUACGUGAAGAAGAAAUUUGAGACUGUCAUAUUCUUUAUAUCUAUUGUCUUGUCACUCUUACAAAUCACAAUGAACCUUCCUACUGAUUCAGAACAACCACCACCACCAGAUUCCGCCACCGUCAACGGCACAUCAACAUCAGACCAAAAUCCCGAACCACCAUCGGAACUCCAACUCCCAAUAUCUUGGCCACAAGACGGAAAGUUAACCAUAGAAUGGAUCCAAAAUCUAACACUCUGUUUCGAUUGGUCUUCCAAAAACCUACCUCCUUCCGAAUUCCCUUCUGUUCUUCCCGUUCAUGUCUUCGAUUCUCUCAUUCUCAUCGCUUCCAAGAUGCUUCACAAGGAACCUAAUUGCGUUCCUAUACAACCUUUUCGUCCUGAACCUGAUUCUGAUUCUGAAUCUUCUUCCUCCGCUGCAUCUGUUGUUGUUGUUGGUGAUGUUCAUGGACAAUUGCAUGAUCUCCUUUUUCUUCUUCGUGAUGCUGGUUAUCCUUCAAAAGAUCGAAUCUUUGUUUUUAAUGGUGAUUAUGUUGAUCGUGGAGCUUGGGGACUUGAAACUUUCUUGCUCUUGUUGGCUUGGAAGGUAUUCAUGCCAGAAAACAUAUAUUUAUUAAGAGGGAAUCAUGAAUCGAAAUAUUGCACUUCUGUUUAUGGUUUUGAAAAAGAAGUUAUGGUAAAGUAUAGUGACAAAGGCAAACACGUAUACCGGAAAUGUUUAGGAUGCUUUGAAGGUCUACCUUUGGCUUCUAUUAUAGCAGGGUGUGUAUACACAGCUCACGGAGGACUUUUCCGUAGUGUAACUGUGACGCCUUCAAAGAGAUUAAAAGGAAAGAAGAAUCGUAAGAUUAAUGUUACUACCGACAGCAAAAAUAUAUCGCUUGGUUCCUUGGAAGAGUUGUCCAAGGCUCGACGUUCAGUGCUUGAUCCUCCUUGGGAAGGACAAAAUUUGAUUCCUGGUGAUGUUUUGUGGUCUGAUCCUUCAAAAACGCCUGGCCUUUCUCCAAACAAAGAGAGAGGCAUUGGCUUGGUUUGGGGUCCUGAUGUUACUGAAGCAUUUUUAAAGAAGUACCAAUUUAAGUUGAUCAUCAGGUCACAUGAAGGUCCUGAUGCUAGGGAGAAAAGGGAUGGUUUUGAGGGAAUGGAUGAAGGUUACACUAUUGAUCAUAUUGUGGAAUCCGGAAAGCUGGUCACCGUGUUUAGUGCUCCAGAUUACCCACAAUUUCAGGCAACAGAGGAGAGGUAUAACAACAAAGGUGCAUAUGUUGUCCUUGAGCCCCCGAAUUUCGACAAUCCUAUAUUUCAUGGAUUUUUGGCUGUUACUCCAAGGCCAAAGGCGAAUCCUUACUAUGAUUUUGAAGACGUGUUAGACUCCGACGAAGAAUUGGACUUGGCCUCCAUGGUAACUACCUGAGAGAUUUUUGUUAGAAGUAGAUAUUUUGAAGUUGUGAGAUUUGUAAAAUUUGUAUGGUCAUUUUUUGAAAAAAUAGCUUUGAUCAUUAAAUUAUAGUUAUUUAUCGUUAAUCCGGUUUAUUAAGCUUGUGAUAUCAAUUCACUCAAAUUAAACCGAA